UCCACCAAAAUUUUCCUCCAAAAUUUUCCUUCUCCCUCUCUCUGCAAUUGCUGCUUAGAAACUGUCAUGGCAAGAUGCUGUUAUUCAUUAAUCCAAAAUAGGCCACAAUUGAAAUACAACCGGUGGCCCAGAAAAAGACUAUUUCUGGCAAGUCGCUGCACUGGCUUGGCAUCAUUUUCAAACUUUGACGAAAUUAAUAUUUUCUUUUUCCAAAAGAUUUGACGGAAUUAAAGAGCAUUUCUUUUCUGUCCAAAAAAUGAAGACCAUUUGAGUUGACUAUGUCAAUGAUCAACGGCGCUUCAAAGUACCUUCCAAUUGUUUUCAUAUAAAGACUAAAGAGGUAUCCUUCUUCUUCACCAAAUUUCUGCAGUAAUUGCCACUGCUCUUUCUCUCUCUCUCUGGGUACCAGUCAGCAGUCAUUUUACUUGAUUUCAUAUUUUUCAUCUUCUUAAAAGCCAAAGAAGAAUGGAGAAACAUGUGGUAAUCCUCAUUUUUACAACUGUAAUCAUGAGGCUUGGAUGCCUAGUACAAUCAGAUGCCUCUACACAUCGGUAUAAAAGUGGAGAGGAAGUGCCUCUCUAUGCAAACAAGGUUGGCCCAUUUUUUAAUCCCAGUGAAACUUAUGCUUAUUACGAUCUUCCAUUUUGUCGACCAGAUAAUUUGGAAAAGAAGAAAGAAUCUUUGGGUGAAGUGUUGAAUGGAGAUCGCCUUAUAUUUGCUCCAUAUAAGCUCGAGUUUUUAGCGGACAAAAAAGAUGCCAAAGUUGUAUGUAAGAAAAGGUUGACAAAGGAGGAAGUUGCACAAUUCAGAACCGCUGUUGCACUGGAUUACUACAUCCAGAUGUACUAUGAUGACUUGCCAAUAUGGGCCUUCAUUGGGAAUAUCGAUAAGGAGGGAAGCUAUGACCCUAAUGAGUUCAAAUAUCACAUUUAUACGAUGUUUCACUUUGAAAUAUUUUACAACAAGGACCGUGUUAUUGAAAUUAACCUUCGAGUUGAUCCGCAUGUUACAGCUAAUGUAACAAAUGAUGAGGAAGUUGAUGUAGAAUUCCUGUACACAAUGGUGUGGAAGGCGACUAACACCCCAUUUGAAAAGAGAAUGGACAGAUACAAGAUGUCUUCUUCUCUGCCCCAUCACUUAGAAAUUCACUGGUUCUCAAUUAUGAACUCAUGUGUGACAAUUUUCAUCGUGAUGUCAUGUCUGGGAACAAUUUACAUGCGGGUCCUGAGGAGAGAUAUUUAUAAGCUUGCGCAGGAUGAGGAAUGCUCUGAUAACCAAGAAGAAACUGGGUGGAAAAGCCUCCAUGGUGAUGUCUUCCGGUACCCAAAGUGCAACUAUUUGCUUUCUUCAGCGCUUGGUUGUGGAACACAGCUGUUGGCAGUAGUGGUGGCCAUUCUAAGUUUAGGCGUGCUUGGUGUUUUUCAACCGUAUGAUCGAGGAGUUUUGCCCACUGCUUUGAUCAUAGUAUAUGCAAUAACUUCUGCAGUUGCUGGAUUUUCUGCAGUAUCUUUUUAUCAUCAGCUCGAAGGAAGCAACUGGCUAAGAACUCUAUUGCUGACGGGAGGAAUAUUCUCUUGCCCCUUGUUCCUAACCUUUUUCUUCCUUAAUACUGUUGCCAUCAAAUAUGGGUCUACUGCAGCACUUCCUUUGGGCACGAUUGUGGUUAUAUUUCUCCUCUGGGUUUUGCUAGCAUUACCUUCACUUCUGUUAGGUGCGUUAUCUGGGAAGAGAAUAAGGUCUGAGUUUCAAGCUCCUUGUCACACCACAAAGUGUCCUCGUGAGGUUCCACCACAGCGUUGGUACAGGAGUAUCAUAAUGCAAAUGGUAUUGGCAGGAAUUUUGCCUUUUGCUGUCAUCUAUAUAGAGCUGUAUUACGUAUUUGCAAGUGUUUGGGGUCACAGGAUAUACACAAUAUAUAGCAUUCUUUUUGUUGUAGUCAUCCUUCUCCUGAUUACUACUGCCCUUGUCUGUGUUGCUAUGACGUACUUCCAACUUGCCGCAGAAGAUCAUGAAUGGUGGUGGAGGUCUUUUCUUUGUGGUGGAUCGACUGGCUUGUACUUAUUUGGUUAUUCCUUCCACUAUUACUUUACGCGGUCAGACAUGAGUAGUUUCAUGCAGACCUCAUUCUUCUUCGGAUAUAUGGCUUGUGUUAGCUAUGGCGUCUUUCUCAUGCUAGGCGCUGUCGGCUUUCGUUCCUGUUUGCUAUUUGUCCGUCUCCUAUAUGGCAGUAUCAAAUGUGAAUAGCUGGUUGCUUUCAAGAACAUCCUUUGCUUGUUUGAAGAAAGUAUUCAUGCCUUAUCUUUCAUAGCUAAUAGUUCAGUUGGAUUUCGAAGUCAAGAAUCAAAAUUUUUAAUGUCUUUACAUUCUGGGAUGUUGGCAAAGUUUAAGAAGCUGUUCUGAUUUAAUUAAGGACACAAUGUACUUUAAAUGCGAGAACAAUAAGAUUUUCUUAUGCAAAGUUUAGCUCAAUGAGUGAAAAAUAGUUAGUUUUACUCCUUGAACUAGGGCCUUUACUAGUUGCUAGCGUUUAGUGUAGUACCCUUGUGUUGCCAGCAUUCCCAAGUGGAGUUAAUGGCUGAAUAUUCAGUUGGUUUAUAGUUAAUCUUUUUAUAACU